UUGGUUUGUAUAAAUCUGACAGGCGACACUAGUGAUCUACUGGUAACGUGAUUGUGCAGCAGACGACAAGUCAAUAAGUGAACUUUUGCGCAAAGGAUUCCGCUUUCAGAUAAAUUGCACAUUGAAAAUGAAGAAACCAAUGGUAGUUCAAGUAUACGCAUCAUUAUUUUGCGUACUCCUCAUAUGUUUGACAGUUACAGAAGCAUACUCAUAUAUAAAUGGCUUAGAAGAUCAGGUCACGGAUUUAGAUAAAGAAGUAGAUGUACUAUCAAAUUUGGUCAGGUAUCUAAAAUCAAGAACGACUAACGGUCGCAAACGGCAGAUAGACGCAGGCUUUGGCUCGAGAAACACGUUGGCACAGGAUAUUAGCAGACUAGUGCUAGCCCAACACAAAGCCCAGAGCUACAACAGUCCCGGAAGAAGACGAAGGAGCAUCAAUACAAAUAGUCAGCUGAGGCACUGAGUGCCUGGAAAAAGAUCCAUCGUGCACAUUUAAGACUGGUCAUUAACACGGACAUUAUAACAUUAUAUUACAAGAGAAAAAACGUAUUGCAUAAUGCUUAAAUAUCAUAUGAAUAUACAUAUUACCAAGCUUUGAACUCCACGGAUGUCAGUUGUUUCCACCAUGGACAUGUAAAACUUUAUUAACAAAGUUCUGAAUUUAACAUAAACGUCUUAUAUGAAUGCAUCUUUUUACUAUUACAAUGAAUACGUGCCGUGCAACAUAUCAUCAAUAUAAAUCUAAUAAUGUCGUAAAUUUUGGCACUGAGAGGUAUUAAAUCACCCUUCUCUCACUAUAUACAUGUAAAGAAUAUGUGAGUUCAAAUUUGUCCAUCUCAAACAUGUUCCUGAAAAAGAAAUGCUUUUAAAAAUAUAAUGUAGGCUAUUUCAUAUUGCGGAACUUACAAUUCCGAUACCAACUCUUAAAGAUUAACCAGAUAGUCAUUAAUCAGCUCUGAUACCGGGUCACAAUGGGACACUACACGUCCUUUGAGCUGCAUCAGAAAAAAAUUUGGUCUGCCAACAACAACGCAAUAAAAUCAAGGACCCGGUACACUGGGUUAUUUAUUAUUAUUAUUAUU